AUGUCUACGAGCAAGCCCAGUCCCGACGCAGGGCUGCUCGCGGAGGCUAAGAGAAUUGCCCAACAAUUCGACCUGAGCCCCGACGACAUCGCCAGAGCAGCAGAUUACUGCCUCGGGCAAGUACGAAACGGCCUCGAGCACCAUGGAGCGACGCAGAUUCCUUCUUUUGUCACUAAAAUUCCCAAUGGAUCCGAAAGGGGCAUUUUCCUCGCCGUCGACCUCGGCGGCACGCAUUGCCGGGUCUGUUCGGUGGACCUACACGGGGACUCGACGUACACCUUGAUCCAGACCAAGCAUGUCAUCCCCCGCGCCCUCAAGGUCAACGCCAGCCACAAACCGCUGUUCGCCUUUGUCGCAGACAAAAUCGCAGACUUUCUCAGUCAACAUCCAGAAGCGGAUGUCGAAAGUGUCGAGGGCAAGGUGCUGCACAGAGACGACUAUCGAAAGCUGGGCUUCACUUUCAGCUUCACAUACGAGAGCCACUCGCUUUCCAGCGGGACAAUGCUGCAGUGGGACAAGGGCUGGGACAUUGCGGACGCCUUGGGCAGGGACCCCUGCGAGAUGCUCCAAAAGGCCAUUGACGAUCUCGAACUGCCCGUGCUCGUCUCGGCCAUGACGAGCGACAGUGUCGGGACGCUGAUGGCAAGGGCGUACACGUCGCCAUGGAGCUCGUCGACACUCGUCGGCGCCGUUUUCGGCACCGGGACCAAUGCCGCGUACGUAGAGCGCCUGGAGAACGUGCGAAAGCUGCACGCCCACGACGGCUCCCGCACCCGCCGCCCGGGCGACCUCAUGGUGAUGAACACCGAGUGGGGUGCCUGGAUCGACGACGACAACACCAUUGUGCCGAUAACGCCAUACGACACGCAGUUGGACCUGGCAUCGGCAAACCCGACCAGGCAAAUCUUGGAGAAGCUGACGUCAGGCAUGUAUCUCGGCGAGCUGGCACGACUGGCUGCCCUGGAGUUGUACCGGGCGCAACGGUUCGACAUGGUCGUGCAAGAUGGCUCGCCCUUGUACGUAGACGAAGGGGUGGACAGCUCCUUCCUGUCAGUCAUGGCCGAGGACGGGGACGAGUCGCUCACGGAGUCGAGGCGUCACAUCGCCGAGGUCCUCGGUGCGCAAGGCGUGUCCGUCCACGACGCGCUCGCACUGCGCCUGAUUUCUACCGCUGUCGUCCGACGUGCCGCCCGUCUGGCUGGCGUGGCGACGGCUGCCAUCGUUCUUCAGUCUGGUCGUCUCGACGCCAUCGAUCCGGCGUGCAAAGGCACAGAGAGUGUCUAUCGCGAGCAAGAACUCACGGAAAGACGCACAUCGUGGUCUUGGGCGCCUUCGUCCGUGUGGACCGCUGUUCGCCGCGCUUUUAAAUACGUCUUUUGCUGCUUCACGGCGGACGAUUCUGAUGCGGCGCCCCCGUCGCAGAACGGGCCGCGGUCAGCAGACGGCUCUGACAGCAUCGACAUUGGGAUUGAAGGGUCUCUCUUCGAAUUCCAUCCCACGUUUGAGAAGGAAAUGCGGCGGGCGCUACAGCAGGUGCCGGGGAUCGGGCUGGACGGGGAGAGGCGGAUCAAAAUCGGGCUCGCGAAAGACGGUUCGAGCCUGGGCGCUGCGCUCGUAGCGCAAUCGGUACAAUAG